UUGAUGCUGAUUAAAAUGCAAAUGAAAGAUAUGAGAAAAAAGAACAUUACGGUUGUAUGGUUGAAACUGAAGUGUAAGAUUAAUCAUAUGAUGACUUUCCUGAACAUAGCUUGCAAUCGUGUUUACGAGAACUGAAAGAACAUCAGAUAUCUGGUGUUUAUCGACCGACCUAUGUUAAACCAAGGUUAUACUCAUGAUCUGUCACCUGUGAAUUGACCUGGAAACCUAUAAUACUGCGGAAUGGUGAGGUCAUUAAGCAGCUUAACUGUCCUACUGUGAAUUUGGUGUUUUCACUGCUGUUGAGAGUUGUCUUGAGAAACAUAGUAGGAGUGUGUAACCAGUGCUUGUUCACAGCUUUAGUAGCUUCCUGUUAAAGUGUAUCGACUCAGAUCAGGAGAGUCUCAGAGCUGCAGAAAAGAUAGGUGACUGAAGCUGACCCCAUUUGAUUGACAUGUCGAACCCAGUCAUCACCCACCAGCCAGGAGCAGGCUCUUAUGGGACAAAUGUGCAGACGGGCAAGUGGAGCACUGGGCUGUGCUCCUGCUGCAGUGACAUCCUAGUCUGUGCCUUGGGCUUCAUCUGCCCACUAGCAUUAAGUUGCUACACAGCUAACAAGUACGGUGAGAACGUGUGCCUGGCCUGUGUUCCAGGAGGCAUGACAGCCAUGAGGACCCACAUGAGAUUGACCUAUGGGAUUCAGGGGACAAUAUGCAAUGAUGCAUUGAUGACCUGUUGCUGUGGAUUCUUUGAGACGUGCAGGAUGGCCCGUGAAAUUCGCAUCAGAAAUGGGGACGUUUGACUUGUACAGUCAUUUGAAGACAUUUUCAAGUGGAAGUUAAAUUAACCCCAUGUCACAUAUUGUUGAUACAAAUUGUCAUUGUUAUACUAUGUACAUUUUUACUUUUGUAUUGUUUAAAUUUGACCCCUACCCUCAAACAGUACUGCUUAAAGAAUUCAUAGCACCAUGAAUGAACAUAACA